AUGGGGGAGCCGGAAGCAAGCGGUCUGAGCCCUCAGGAGAGCGUUCCCGAGGGCCGGCAGCGGUACAGCGAGAUCUUCCGCAGCCUGGAUGCCAUCGGGAUCUCCAUUGGGAACGCGACAGUGGAUGUGUUCAUUGGUGACAAGGGCAGCACCGACAGCACAGCCCCCAGCACGGACCCCGAGGUCAUUCCGUUGAGUGGAAGCUUCUGCCAGAGCAAAGCCAGCCCGGAGAGGCCAGAGCUAACAGUUGAGGAGGCGGACGAGAUGCUGCUGAGGUGCGAAGGAGGCAUCGAGGCAGCGCUGCGCUAUGCGAAGCUGUGGUGCAAAUACGUCAAGGAGCUGCUGGGCUGGAUGGAGAAGCGCCUGGGUUAUGAGACAGAGUUUGCCAAAGGGAUGGUGAAGAUCGCAGAGGCAGGACAAAACGCCAUCUUCCAACAGCACAAGAUGCCUCUCUGGGAGCUCUAUCAAAUGGUCCUGGAACACGACGUGAAGGUCGGGAACGCAGCGGCCGAGGCGGUGGCAUUGCUCCAGCAGAAGGAAUUCUACCAGCCUCUGUCAGCCAAGAAGAACGAAAUAGAGAAAUGGAGGAAGGAAUUCAAGGAUCAAUGGACAAAGGAGCAGAAGAGGAUGGGUGAAGCCCUGGCCUCUCUGCGCAAGGCCCGGCUGCAGUACUGCCAGCGCCGAGAGGAGCUGCACAAGGCAAAGCUCCUGAGUGCCAAAGCAGAGGACGAGCAGCACCAGGGCACGGCCGGCACCAGCAAGCAGCUGGAGAAGCGGCGCCGCUCCUGCGAGGAGGCUCAGGCCAAGGUCCAGGAAGCAGAAGCUUUGUACAAGACGAGCAUCACCGAGGCCAACUUCAGGAGGCAAGAGCUGGAGAGGGUGCGGGCGCGGAUCGUCUCCCACAUCCGGAAGCUGGUUUUCCAAGGGGAUGAGGUGCUGACGUGGGUCACUCUAAGGAUGUUCAAGCAGCGGCUGGCUCAGUCGGAGCAGAUCCCAGUGAGGUACCAGUACCUGGCCGAGGUGUGCAGGCCAUACAAAGCAGGCCAGAAGUACCUGGAGUUCAUCCAGGCUCUGCAGAAGAAAGACAUCCCUAUGGAGGUGUUCGAGUUCGAGCCGCUUGCGUCGGGAGGCCAAAGGUCCCCUCCCAUUGGCAAGAAGAAGAUGGCAUCGCACUGCCUAGGACCGUCCUCCGUAGGGAAGGAUGCGAGCACACUGGAGGAUGCUUCCCGGCACGAGGAACAGACUCUGAGCAGGUCCCACUGCAGCGACACGGAAAGCCUCGGGGGCAGCUGUGAAUCCCGCUCCUUGGACUCUCCCAGUUCCAGCCCAGGAACCUCUACCAGGAAGCUGCUGAAAGCUCCAUCCACCGGCACCGUGUCCUCCUCGGAUGACUUGGAAGAGAGGGAUCCCAUGGAACACGAAACCAGCGCAUCCCAGCCGCAGGCGAGGAGCAUCCCGCUCUCCAGCGCGGCCCAGACCCACCGGCUCCGCAAGCUGCGGGGUCCCUCCAAGUGCAGGGACUGCGACACCUUCAUGGUCAGUGGCUUCGAGUGCGAGGAGUGCUGCCUGGCCUGCCACAAGAAGUGCCUUGAGAGCCUGCUCAUCACCUGCGGCCACAAGAAGCUCCCCAACCGGGUGCCUCUGUUCGGGAUUGACUUCGCUCAGGUCCCUCGGGAUUACCCCGAGGAGGUUCCCUUCCUCGUGGUCAAAUGCACCUCGGAGAUCGAUGCCCGGGCCCUGGGGGUGCAGGGCAUUUACCGCAUCAGCGGAUCCAAAGCCCGCGUGGAGAAGCUGUGCCAGGCGUUCGAGAGCGGCCGGAGCCUGGUGGAGCUCUCCGAGCACUCCCCCCAUGAUAUCACCGGGGUCCUGAAGCAUUUCCUGAAGGAACUCUCAGCCCCGGUGCUGCCGUCCCAGCUCUACGACGAGCUCAUGACGUUGGCCAAAGAGCUUCAGAGACCCAUGGAGGAAAGGCUGGAUGGGGCAGCUUUCCCUUCCCAGCCCAUCCAGAGCAUGAAGGAGGUGCUGAGCAAACUGCCUGCCAGUAACUACAACACCCUGCGGCACCUCAUGGCCCACUUGUACAGGGUGGCAGAGAACUACAAAGAGAACAAGAUGUCCCCGACCAACCUGGGCAUAGUGUUCGGGCCCACGCUGAUGCGGGCGGGCGCGGGGAGCGAUGUGUCCAUGGCCUGCCUGCUGGACUCCGGGUACCAAGCUCAGCUGGUGCAGUUCCUCAUUGAGAACUACGAGCGGGUGUUCGGGAUGCAGGAGCUGCCCUCGGCCUUGGGAUGGGAGCAUCCGGAGCGAGAAGCAGCAGCGGAGGAGGAUGAAGGAGCGCAGAGCCCAAACCCAACCCGGAGCCUAAGGGUAGAGGUAGCUCCAGGCACCGAGCUGGGCUCCCUGACCCUGCUCUAG